GAGGGGGGGGGUCGGACUAUUUUUAUGGGCCUCGACUGGCGGCGACCGUAGGGGACCCGUAAUCUGAACCCCUUCGCUCGCAUCGAUAACGGGGUUGCAGGGCUACCGGAGGGCAGUUUGGUCAAAGAGAGAGACCCCAGAAAAGAAGUUUUAUAGAACAAAAACAAAUGUAUAAAUCAAUGUAUGGAGGUGAUGGAAGCAAAGAUGACUUGCAAGGAUAGAAAGCAGACGCUCAGCAUGUCUUGGUUGCUCUGACAAUGAGCAUCAACUUGUCCCUCAGUAAGGAGAAUGUCUCAGAAAACCUCACAUUGCUGGAAGAGGGAGCAGGCAGAAUCACCGAGUCAAUUGCUAUCAUCAUUAUUGCUAUUUUCAUCUGUUUAGGGAAUCUGGUGAUUGUCCUCACUCUUUAUAAGAAGUCAUACCUGCUCACUUUAAGCAACAAGUUUGUUUUCAGCCUCACUCUGUCCAACUUCCUUCUUUCGGUGCUGGUACUUCCUUUCGUUGUUACUAGCUCCAUCCGUCGGGAAUGGAUCUUUGGAGUCGUUUGGUGCAACUUCUCUGCCCUACUCUAUAUGCUCAUCAGCUCUGCCAGUAUGCUCACACUUGGACUCAUUGCUAUCGACCGAUACUAUGCUGUCUUGUACCCCAUGGUUUACCCCAUGAAGAUUACGGGUAACAGAGCUGUUGUUGCCAUUGUGUAUGUGUGGCUUCAUUCUCUAAUUGGAUGCCUUCCGCCCCUCUUUGGUUGGUCAUCUUUAGAAUUUGAUCAGUUCAAAUGGAUGUGUGUAGCUGCAUGGCAUAAGCAGGCAGGUUACACCGCUUUUUGGCAGAUAUGGUGUGCUUUGCUACCAUUUAUAGUCAUGAUCAUUUGCUACGGUUUCAUAUUUCGCGUGGCCAGGAUUAAGGCACGGAAGAUUCACUGUGGCAGCGUGGUCAUUGCAGCGGAAGACACGCAAAGGAAUGGGAGAAAGAACUCGAGUACUUCAACGUCCUCAUCAGGCAGCCGAAAGAAUGCUUUUCAAGGGGUCGUUUAUUCUGCCAAUCAGUGCAAAGCUUUGAUCACAAUUUUAGUUGUAAUUGGGGCUUUUGUCAUCACAUGGGGGCCUUACAUGGCGGUUAUCACAUCUGAGGCACUUUGGGGUAAAAACUGCAUUUCCCCUGCCUUUGAGACAUUAGCAACAUGGUUAUCUUUUACAAGUGCUAUUUGCCACCCUUUGAUUUAUGGACUCUGGAAUAAAACUGUACGCAAGGAGUUACUGGGAAUGUGCUUUGGAGACCGGUACUACAGAGAAUCAUUUGUUCAAAGGCAAAGGACAUCCAGAUUAUUUAGUAUUUCUAAUAGGAUUACAGAUCUAGGAUUGUCUCCACAUCUGACAGCUCUCAUGGCAGGGGAACGGACUUUAGGACACAGCAGCAGCACAGGAGAUACAGGCUUCAGUUUCUCUCAGGAUUCAGGGACAGAUGUUAUGCUGCUUGAAGAUUAUAGUUCUGAUGGAAUUAAUCACCCUCAUUGUGUUUACCCUCAUCGCCGGAGUUCUGUAACUUUUGAAGAUGAAGUGGAACAAAUUAAAGAAGCAGCAAAGAACUCUAUCCACGUAAAGGCUGAAGUUCACAAAUCUCUGGAUAGUUAUGCAUCCAGCUUGGCCAAAGCAAUUGAAACGGAUGUGAGGAUCACCUUGUUUGGAGGAGAUGCUCUGUCUGGCUUUUUGUUCCCAGCACGAACUGCGGCAGGCAUCAAUGGAAGUGCAAGGCGUGGCGGCAGGGUCCAUAUUGGACAAAAAAUACAACUACAGAGCAUUGAAGAAGGAAACACUUAAAAUUGCUUCAAUAAAACAAAUAGGAAAAAGAUACACUGAAAACUGUUGCACCGCCAUGAUUCUUUGCAAGGAAAACAAAACAGGUCCCAGUAUUUUAAGCAAAGCUUUAAAAACUUCCCAAAGAAUCAUCUUAACACAGUGUUAGAAAACAAAAUAACCCAAAAUAUUGGGAAAUCAAAAGUAUGAAAAGGUUCACUGAUCCCUAAGUAAUAAAGCACAAGUUAUUUCACUAUUUCGGUGGCAUACAGCACAUUUCCCAAGCUGGACACUAUCCAGAAGGAGUACUUCAGCUGCAAGUUUUGCAAACAGCAUGGCUGUGACUGAGAAUUAUAAAAAUUAAAGCAACAGAAACACUUGGAUUAGGAACAGCAGCCAUAGUGUUUCUCGCUGGAUCCUUUUUCUGCUUUUUAAAAACUUUAUAAACAUAGUUCAGUGUUAAAGUAAUUCCAUUACUUUAACAAUUUUGUCCAGGUACUUAUGGAAAAAAAACAUAAUAAAAAGCAACUGAGGCCUAUCAAAUCUAGUAUUGGUAAAGGCUGAGAAUUGGGGUACUUUCACACUAGUAUUUUAAUGUGAAUAGUCACAUUUUGCUAAAUCAUUUUAUAGUGAUCAUCUGCAAGGUUACAUUCUUCCUUUACUGUCAUUUUGUAUUUUCGAUAUUUUUGUUCUUUUUCUAAAGCGGCAGAAUGUCCAUCUUUAACACAUAACCCCCAGAAAAGUUACAUUUUCCACAGCUAAUGUUGCUCAGGAGAAAUUCAUCUUAAACACUGCAAUAGAUACCAUUUAAAACUUUUAAUCCUCAGUUGUUAAACUGGUGGUGAUCAGAAAAUGUUUUAAACUUUAUAUUAGGUGAAAUACAGCUUUUAUUAACCAGCUUACAAAACACAAUGAAUACAAAAUACUUUUUCUCUCUCUCUACUUUAUAAUGUAUAAUUUUUUUUAAAAAAAUCAAUAUGUUUUUUAAAAAUAAAGUGGCAUCCCCUGCAAAAGUAUACAAAGUUAUGCUGAGUUUUAAGUGCACACGGGUAAUUUGUUUUCCUCACGCAAAAACUGGUAGAUCACAUGGAAUGAAUGUAGGUGUAACUUUGUUGAUAGUGUUGAAAGUCAGUUGUGAUUUCACUUGUACCUUGCAGAGAAAAUGCAAUGUUUGUGUAGCAUCAGGAAUCAUACUUUGAAUACUUUCGUAUAGUGAUUAAGGGAGUGGGAAAGGGAGUAAUUUAUAUGGGUAAUUAGGAUUAACAAUUUCAUUAAUAUGGAGCAAUUCCAUUAAUAUCGUGCCCUCCAAAGAUGUUGGAUUGUGGCUUCCACAAUUGUAUUUGUCCUUGCUAUAUGACAAUUAUAGAAACUAUAUUAUAGACCCAUAGUCCAUAGUUUAGCUGUAUGGCCCUCCACCAUUUCUGUGAGGAAUCAUUGGAAUUCGAUGUUUCAUUCUUUCAGCAAUGAGCUGCUUUUGGGUUCACAAAAAAGGUGAAUUAGGAAGGAAGAUAACAUUGUCUCAGUGCAGUUAUUGGAACCAGGAUUAAUGAUGAACAAUAUUCCAUGAAUGACGAUAGAUGUCCACUGAUUAAGCAGAUUCCAUUUCCAUGUAUAAGUAGACCUUGACUUAUGACCACAAUGAACCCAAAAUGUUUGUUGCUAAGU